AUGCUUCGCCAUGGCUUCAGAGUGGGCCUUUUCUGUCCAUUUUCCCGUGCUUUGACUUUGGUGGUUCUGACGCCAUUGCUGAGUCAAGAAGUCCAUGGUUGGUCUGUAUUGGUGCUUGGUGGAACUGGCUUCCGUGGACAUUUGACCACAGAACAGCUGGUGAAGGAUGGCCACAAUGUCACAGUGAUCAGCCGCGGCUUUCGCUACUGGGAUAUUUUCCAGCGGCUAGCACCACACAUCACUCAUUGGAGGUGUAAUCGAACGCUGGCACGGGAUUAUGGUGGUGGGAUCUUGCCACAGUCCGGUCUGGUCAACUGCAGCAAGUUGGUGGAUAGUAAUGCUACCUUCGACGCUGUGGUUGACUUUUCAACCCGGAGCCUAGCAGAGAUGAAGCAGGCGAUUAGCGUUCUGCGUGACAAAGUGUCUCUCUACAUUUUUAUGUCUUCUCACGCGGUUUAUGACGUCUCAAAGAACAAGACGCACCAAGAGCCGUAUUCCUUGGAAUCGGACGCGGUCCGACCUGGCAGAGAGAUUUCACCAAUGGACAGAUGGGCUUUGAAAGAGAAGAGCGUUCGUGGCGACACCGACUUGGAAUGUGAGGAGGAAUUGCUCAAGCAGUACAAUGCUGGUGGCUUUCCAUUUGUCACUCUUCGGUUGGCGAACGUCUUUGGCCCAAAGGAGAACACGAUCCGCUAUUGGCUGCUCCACCUUUGGGUGAAGGCCUGUGUUGGCCUCACAAUGCCAUUGCACCUGGACAUCAGCUUGAAGGAGCUUCCCAUCAGUUUGACAUAUACCCCAGACAUCGCUCAGGCCGUUCGCCUAGCGAUCUCCAAAGGUCUCAAUGAGACCUGCUGUGCGGAGAAGGUGCACGGCGAGGCCUUCAACCUGGCGUGUGAGGAGAUGCCGGAUCAGCGGGUUUUGUACAACUACAUUGGCGAACCUGUUGGCAUGCCCUACGUGGAAACUGUAGAUGCCUCGCCUAACACCUCCAUUGUUCUGUACCCGGACAACCUCCGCGGCCCAGUGAGCAUUGCGAAGGCUCAAGAGGUGCUCCGUUGGUCGCCCACCACCUUGACCAAGGCCCUGCGCUCUGUGGCGCGCUUCUACGAGCGCAUCAUGUUGGAGAACGAAAAACAUAAAAAUGAGAUUGAGUAUACCUAUCGCAAGAUCAAAGCCAUGAUGGGUCAAGACGGCCCUCGCUUUGUUGAAUGGACACGUGCACGUUUUGUUGAACAAAGGAAAACUCAGUUGUAUGAUGAAUUGGAUGAUGAAGACGAGGAACAGAUCCAAGCCAUUGUGGACUUCUUGGAGGGUCCAGCAAGGGAGAUCGAGUUCCUGAAGACGUUGGACAAAUUUCAACAGCGGACCCUGUGCAAAGUGAUGAGCCUCCAAUCCCAUGAGAAGGGUGACACCAUCUUCAAGGUUGGUGACCGCGGUGACAAGUACUACAUCAUCCUCCUCGGCAGCGUGAGCGUUCAGGUAUCACCUGAAAAGAAGGUUCCAGAGCCAACGUGCCCCAGUGGGAUCCACCCACAAAGGUGCACUUGUCCCAAUCGACCUCUUCAGUCACCUUUCUACCUGCAGAAGGGCAGUGGCUUCGGUGAGUUGGCAUUGCAAGAUGAUGCCCCUCGUGCUGCGACGAUCAUUACCUGCGAGAAUGCUGAUUUCUUGACGAUCACAAGGGACCACUACGAGAAGUAUGCAGGGAAGCUUCACAAGCGCUUCAUUGAGCAAAGGGUGAACUUCUUGAGGCAAUGUCCAUUGAUUCUGCAAGCGCUCCAACAAGGCAUCGUAAAUCCAGCUGACCUGGCAGCAAUGGCGAACUACUUGAACGAGAAGAGCUUAAAUGGCAAUCAAGUAGUUGUCCGACAGGGCGACGAGGUCCAAAGUGUGAUCUUCGUUCGGUCGGGUUCAUUGGCAAUGCUGAAGUUAGUUGAAGUGGAUGGCAAAGAGUCUCGUAGACAACGAGCCACGGUGGUGGAGAAGAGGAGCAGCAAAGACUGGGUGCGACCAGAGGUCAGGCAGACGAUGGAUGCCGCCAAGCUGGCGAAGGCCAUCAUGGAGAUGAAGAGACAGGAGCGCGACAAUCGGGUCAAGGAGACCUUUUCAAAGCGAAGGAAUUCUCUCAAGGAAGCAGCCGCUUUUACCGCUCAAGUUUUUGGAAGGAAAUCUUAUGUGAACCUUGAGGAUGCUGAAUCAUCUGAUUCGACUUCGGAAGAUGCGAAGUCCCAAGAUGUUAAGUCGGCGCUGACCCAAUCGACACAAAAGUCCGCGAAAUCAAAGGAAGAAACGCCAAGAGCUGCCCCGGCACCAGCGGCUCCCCCGAAGCCAGCGCUAAAAAUCGGAAGCGGAGGGGGCAAAGGUGGCAAGGCCCUGUGGGGCAAGGUGCGCAAUGCCACCAACCAGGCUGCGGUACUGGCAAAGACUGCGAGCGUCCUGGAGUCCCUUACAGGCGUGGCUAGUGCGGAGAGGGCCAAAAAGGAAAAGAAGAAGGUGCUCCUCCGCGUCGGCUCUGUUAGUGCAUUCCAAUACUUUGGAGACAAGGAAGUUUGCAACUCGCAGGUUUUUCCUUGCAGCCUCAUGAGCGAUCCAAUUGCAGAUAUUUACAUCAUGAGUAGGCAUGACAUCCUGCGACGUUUGCCAAAGAACCUUCAAGGCGUGAUCUUCACACAGGAACUGCAGAGCGAGCCGACGGACGGAGAACUGGUGGACAUGCUGCGGCAGAACGAGUGGAGCACUCAGCGGAUUGAUGGUUAG